UAAAAUCUCAUAGUGCCCUUGACAUUUAUAUUGUCUGAAUUUUUAUUGAUGUAUUAAUAGUAGACUGGACAGAGUAUAGUGCAUGUUCUAGUACUACAAGUUUAUAAGAUCAUAUUAGACUAGUACCCCGGACAAUUAUACAUAUUCUCAACAGGAUGUAUUUUAUCGGUGAUAUAUUUUAAACAUUUUCGUGUAAUUUUCCGCAGGUUUUGUACAUACAACGCGAAAUCAGAGUAUUUUAUCAUAUCGCUGCGUGCGCGUUUUCAUUUUAUAUCAAAAACAAUGGCUGAAAAAGACGUGCCGCCACUUGAAUCACCGGAUGAAAAAUUUGUCUUGGGACAGGAGACUAACCCAGGGGAUGUCAAACCAAAGGAUAUCAGGAAAGCGAUGAUUGAUGACUUAGCCAAGGAACUAGAGGAUGAAGAAAAAGUUGAAGUACAAGAAAAGCUGAGAAUGAUAAAACUUGAGAGAGAACUUACAUCGCUGCAGGAAAAAUACAACAUAAAUCCUGACACAACAGUCCCUAAUACCAGGACUAAAGAACAUCAGGAAACAAGUCAGGUUAACUCAACUGAAACGAAACUUCUUUACAACAAACCUAAACUUCAGAAGUUCUUUGGAAAGACUGACGAAGAUGUCUACGACUGGUGUGAAGAUGCAAAAAUAGCAACAAAGAGUAUCAACAAGAAUGAUGAAAAGAUUGACGAUAUAAUCUACCACUUAGGACCAAAUCCACGGCGUGAAAUAAGAUAUUUAUCAAACAACCCAUCACCUGAGGAUAUCUACAGAACAUUGAAGAGAGUGUUUGGUAUCGUAGAAUCACCACACAAAUCAAUGACUGAGUUCUACACGAGGAAACAAAACCACAAUGAAACCAUAUCACAGUAUACACAGUCGUUAAUGAAGCUGAUGGACAUCGUAAAACAAAGCCAUGAACACCUAGAAGGAGAUAAACUACUGAAGGAACAACUGAUAGUAGGAGCCUAUGAGCCUAAACUAAGAUGGGAACUUCAGAGAAUAUCAGAUUUGAACAAUAACAUCACAUUUCACCAAUUGAGAGAAAUUGCUUUCAAAUUUGAGUUGAAUGAAAAUGAGCAGCGGAAAGUUUCUUCAAGUGCAGUUAGCUCAAGAGACAAUGACUCAUCACUACAAAUUACACUACAAAAGAUUUUGGAUAAACAGGAAAAGAUCGAGAAGGAGAUCAACCAUCUUAAGCGAAAUAACAAUGACAACUCUGAAAAUAACUCAAACAAUUUCAACAACAAUGGCUACCAAAGAAACUACCACAACUUUAGGGGUC